UAGACCGGCGGACGGGGUUGGCUGGAGCUGCAAUUGAUGAAGAAGCUGAGCACAGAGGGGUUAAGUUGGCGGGAAGCCCUCUGGAAUCCAGGCUGCCUGGUGUCAGAGCCUGUGCAUUUGCCACCUGUGCACGUCUCUUCACAGUACGCUAUUGCACAAGUGCUUCCCUGUGCCGGGGUGUCAUGGAAGGGCUGCUGACAAGAUGCAGAGCACUGCCCGCUCUGGCCACCUGCAACCACCAGCUCUCUGGGUACAUUCCCCGCAGGUUUUCCCACUGUGCCCCAGGGAGAGGGAAGCGCUUGGCGCUGUCCUGCAUGUUCCAGCCCCAGAACCUUCGGGAAGACCAGGUGCUCCCAGUGGAGGGCAGAUCUGGCGACCUGACCUGUAAGAGCCAGCGGCUGAUGCUGCAGGUGGGCCUGAUCCACCCAGCAAGCUCCGGCUGUUACCACCUCCUGCCCUACACUGUUCGUGCCAUGGAGAAGCUGGUGCGGGUGAUAGACCAGGAGAUGCAGGCCAUUGGCGGGCAGAAGGUCAACAUGCCCAGCCUCAGCCCAGCAGAGCUCUGGCGAGCCUCCAACCGGUGGGACUUGAUGGGCAGGGAGCUGCUAAGACUUAGAGACAGACAUGGCAAGGAAUACUGCUUAGGACCAACUCAUGAGGAAGCCAUUACAGCCCUGGUCGCCUCCCAGAAGACACUGUCCUACAAGCAGCUCCCAUUCCUGCUGUACCAGGUGACAAGGAAGUUUCGGGAUGAGCCCAGGCCCCGCUUUGGUCUUCUCCGUGGCCGAGAGUUUUACAUGAAGGACAUGUACACCUUCGACUCCUCCCCAGAGGCCGCCCGGCAGACCUACAGCCUGGUAUGUGAUGCCUACGGCGGCCUGUUCGACAGGCUGGGGCUGCGGUGUGUCAAGGUCCAGGCAGACGUGGGCAGCAUCGGGGGCACGAUGUCUCACGAGUUCCAGCUCCCAGUGGAGAUCGGAGAGGACCGGUUUGCUAUCUGCACCAGCUGCAGCUUCUCGGCCAACGUGGAGACGCUAGGCUCGUCUCAAAUGAACUGCCCUGCUUGCCAGGGACCACUGACUGAAACCAGAGGCAUUGAGGUGGGGCACACGUUUUACCUGGGCACCAAGUACUCCUCCAUUUUCAAUGCCCAGUUUAUCAACAUCCAUGGCAAACCUUCCCUGGCUGAAAUGGGGUGCUAUGGCUUAGGUGUGACACGGAUCUUGGCUGCUGCCAUUGAGGUUCUCUCUACAGAAGAUUGCAUUCGCUGGCCUAGCCUCCUGGCUCCUUACCAAGUCUGCCUCAUCCCCCCGAAGAAGGGCAGUAAGGAAGAGGUGGCUGCAGAGCUCACGGGGCAGCUGUAUGACCACAUCUCAGAGGCAGUGCCGCAGCUUCGUGGGGAGAUCCUACUGGAUGACAGGACCCAUCUGACCAUUGGAAACAGACUGAAGGAUGCCAACAAAUUUGGCUACCCCUUUGUGAUCAUCGCCGGCAAGAGGGCCUUGGAGGACCCUGCCCAUUUUGAGGUUUGGUGCCAGAACACCAGCGAAGUGGUCUUUCUCACCAAAGAAGCAGUCGUAGAAUUACUGAGCCACGUGCAGGUUGUCUAAAUGCCCCAGCCCACCCUCCUCAUGUUGAGCCUUGGAGUUCAUUCUAAUGCUGCUCCCUUUUCUGCACUCCUUUCUGGGGCUGGUCUCAGAAACAGGGCAGCUCAUGGACGAUGAGCACAUGUUAGGAAAACCAAUUUUUAUCCAGUCAUUUGUUCAAACUAUAUGUAUUUAAAGUCAUUAGCUUGGUCCCUUCUCUGGCCUGGCCAUGCUGCCACAUAACAUUCCUUUGAUAUCUUGUUAGGAGGCAAGAAAGAGCAGACUUCUUGUCCUGGCCCUGAGGCAAGUCACUUCCCUUCUCUCAGCUGUUUCCCAUGUGUAGGGUGGGAGUGGCUGAUGGCCGAGGCCCUCCUGGCUCCAUAGUCUGACCACAGAACACUUGCUGCAUAUAGUCUGGAGAGCAGGCCAUGAGAAAAUGGAACUAGAUCUGUAAAGUCUUUAACAGCUGUCUGUCACUGGCUGGUUCCACGAGAGGUUCAUAACAGACAGAUCUGGUUCCUCUAAUCCCCUUUAGUCUAAUUUACACAGAAAGUUGAUAUAAUCAGCUAAUGACCCCAGUAGAUCUACUCUAUUGAGGUGGCUCUGCACUGAGAUCAUGUUGAGACGACUGAAUAAAGUCAAACUAUUGGGAUGAGCCGUGCGUGUUCAUUUGAAACAGUGGUGACAUUUGUCAUCUUAAUAGUAUGUGGUACCUUGUCUUGAGAGUCUUCUUUCCCUUCUUUUUCUACCAUUUCUACAUCCCAUUGCAAAAGGGGGAUGGGUGUCCGGGAAAGUGUGUUUUAAACUGUUUCUUCCACAAAUAAAGGAUAGCAGGCUUUGAGUGCCACUAUGACCUUAUCGUCAGUGCAGUUAGAUCCUAGAGCCAUGAUGGGUGAAUACUAAAAGUCUCUGCGUGAAUUAUGUGGAAAAUUAGGAGCAAACUUGAGCCACUACUGCAGUGCCACCUGCUUUCAUUGCUCCUGCUCACCAGAUUAGGUUCCCGACAAGUCCAAAUCCAACAAGACUCUGACAAGGACAAGCUCAAAGCCACCACCUCCUGAAAGCAUACCUGAUGACAUCUGGAAGUGGUUUUCCCUCCGGCUCCCCCGAGCUCUCCUGUUCAGCCCUUCUUGUUUGGGGCCACAAAACUCCUUAUUUGGUGGGCCAGCCUCUUGUAGCUGAUGGUCAGCUCCCUGAGCCCAGGGUCCUAGGCAGAUUCCAAGUGCCCUGCAGUUCAUGUCUUGACCAGCUGUUCCACCUGCCACACAACUUCCAAGCAAUUUGUUACUGCAAGAGUAACCCACCCUAAGCACACACCAACCAUUAGGUUCCCUCAGCAAAGCCUAUGCCAAGCCCUAAUGCUGUGGGUCGCAACCAUCGGAAAACACACAUAG